GACCCCUUGUACCAUAUACCUUCUAGAGUUUGGCGUGUAUUCCAUUUCAGUGGAUUGAGUUGCUCGCCAAGGAUUUGGCGCUUCUAGGGUUUUGAACACAAGUUUCCCCCAAACGUUUUAUAGCGCACUUGCCAGAUGGACAUGAUCGCGGAGAAGAAGAAGAUUCGUUACGAGACGAACUCUGAUGAACCUGAUAGAAUAUCUAACCUACCGGAUUCAAUUAAGCAGCACAUACUUUCAUUUGUAGAAACUAGGGAAGCUGUUAGAACUAGCAUUUUGUCAAGCAGUUGGCGGGCAUUGUCGGAAAGCCUGCCUACUUUAAAUUUGCCUGGGCACUGCUUUUAUUCAUCUGCAAUGAAUGAACAGUUGCCUGAUUGGGAUGAUAAGGACGAUGCCCGUAAAGCAAAGAGGGAGAAGAUUCUUAGGGUGAGAACAAGUUUUUAUGCCUUUCUUGAUCGGGCUUUAGGAUCUUGUAUGGGUAUGGAUAAGCUUAAUAUAUACAUUCUGGGUUUUGAUUUAGAGUUGAAAUCUCGUUUGGAUGGUUGGCUUGCUGGUGCUGUUAGACGCGGCGUGAAAGAGUUGGGAUUGCAAAUUCAUUCACGGAGAGAUGCUAGAUAUAAUUUUCCCAAGAGUGUUCUUGUCUCCGGAGUCAUCCAAAAAUUGAAAUUGGCGAGUUGUGAGUUGAGCUCAUCAUGUAUGGUGGAUGGCCAAUUACCUUGUCUGCGAGAAAUACGCCUUGAAUAUGUCAAUGCAGAUGAUGCGUUCAUGGUGAGUUUGCUUGCUAGUUGCCCUAACCUUGAAAAAUUAUCUCUGAAAGAUUGUGAGGGAUUGACGAGACUAGAAAUCUUCGAUCUUUCUAAACUUGAGAAAGUGUGUUUUGAGCACUGUGGGGGAGAAGUGGAAGUGAUUCAGAUUGAGGCACCCAAUCUUUGUGAGUUUAGUUAUGUUUCUUAUGGCGAGUAUGAUCCUGAAUUUGAUUUUGGGGCUUGUAAGAAACUGAAAUUGCUGGACCUACAUGGCUCUCAAUUGGAUGACGAUGACUUGAAUGACAUUCUGAACAAUCAUCCAAUUCUCGAACGCCUGGCAUUGAAUUACUGUCCUAAUGUGUAUCAUGUUGACAUUUCGAGUCAGAAUCUAGUCGAUUUGGUUUUUGAUGAGUGUAGGGAUUUGCAAAAGGUUAGAAUUGAUACUCCCAACCUCAAAUCCUUCUUCUAUAAUGGAGAAGAUCCUUUAACCUUUGUGUGCAAGGGUCCAACUCUCAAGUUGAAAAAUGCUUCCGUUUUCUUGAAACCCGACUAUCGAGGAGAAGUGUGGUUUAAUGGACUACUUAAAUUUCUUGCAAAGCUAAGCUGCACUGAAAAUCUGUCGCUUGAGGUGGCUUAUGAAAAGGAUUUGAUUAUUCCGGAGUCUGUGAGGAUGAACUGCCGCCCUCCCCUGCAUGCUGUCAAACAUCUGGAUGUAGGGUUCCGUCUAUCAAGAUUGAAGCAUCCUGUUCAAGUAAUCGAGUCUCUUUUGUGGCUUGCUCCUCAUCCAGAAGCUAUAUCCAUAUGCGGUACUGAGUUUUCUGCUCUCAAGAAACUCGAGUUCACAUAUGAAAAGCCAAUGAGGGGCAAGAAGAAAUGCGGUUGCUGGAAAUCUCUGUCUGUAAACUGUUGGAGGCACUCCCUUGCCAAAGUCUGUGUCGAGAACAAAGGAGCACAUGCAGAUGAUACACAGCUUGCACAUUUCUUUGAUAAGGAAAGGAUUGACGCGAAGCUCGAAUUCUCCUCCAAGAACGUAUCGAGUGAUUUUUAUUUUUGAAUGAAAGGCGACUUUCGUCCACUCCUAUAUUAUUCAGGUUACAAGUAAUCUUUUGGUAUGCGUACGUUUUUUUUCCGUGACUUUGAACAGCUUAAUCUGAUGCAUUAGUGUAGGAUGUUGCAUCUUUAUUAGCUCGAGGAUGUGUUUUGUUUUGGCAAAAAUUGUUCCUUUGGGGCAGUGGUUUUUAACUUUUUGUUUUUUGGGUCAAAAAACCACUCUUAUGAGUAGAAUACAUUGUCCACUUGUGA